UGGGCGGCGCGUCGGGACAAGCUACCAUGGACAGAGCCUGCCGCUCCCGGGAGCAAAGCUGAUUCCUCUGAUUGCGGCAAUUGGCCAGGCAUCGGUAUGCCAGUAACCGUGCACCCUGGCACCCUAGCACCCGCCUUCUGACACCCACGGUUGCAGCUGCGCCAACUACAGCAGAAGUGGGUGUGUACCCCCAACAAGCAUUGACUCCUGGACUCAAGCCAGAAGGGGAGCGGACAAAACUCAGAGAUGCCGGUCCUGGAGAAAAAGCCCCACAAAAUGACUGAAAAGGAUGCCAGCAGCAAAGAGGAGGCUGUGCUAUCCAAACUCCCUGUGCCACCACUCCAGAAGACCCUGGCCACAUACCUCCGGUGUAUGAAACACCUCGUGCCCGAGGAGCAGUACAGAAAGACCAAGGUGAUUGUGGAACAGUUCGGUGCCCCAGGAGGCCUAGGGGAAGUCUUACAGCAGAAACUCAUGGAGAGAAGGGAGAAGACAACAAACUGGGUCUUUGAGUACUGGCUGGAUGACAUGUAUCUUAACAACCGUUUGGCUCUUCCAGUCAACUCCAGUCCAGCUGUGAUCUUUGCUCGACAGAAUUUCCAGGAUGUGAAUGAUCAGUUAAGGUUUACAGCCAACCUCAUCUCUGGAGUGCUUGACUACAAAAACUUACUGGACAGCCAUUCCAUACCUAUUGACUGUGCCAGAGGACAGCUAUCUGGCCAGCCUCUCUGCAUGAAGCAAUACUAUGGCCUCUUCUCUUCCUACCGUCUUCCAGGACAUACCAAAGAUACUCUUGUGGCCCAGACAAGCAGUAUCAUGCCUGAACCAGAGCAUAUUAUUGUGGCUUGUAACAAUCAGUUCUUUGUCUUGGAUGUGGUCAUUAAUUUCCGUCGCCUCAGUGAGGGGGAUCUGUUCACUCAAUUACGAAAGAUAGUCAAAAUGGCUGACAAUGAGGAAGAAAGGUUACCACCGAUUGGUCUGCUGACGUCAGAUGGGAGAGCAGAAUGGGCUAAGGCCAGGACCAUCCUUGUGAAAGAUUCAACCAACCGUGAUUCCUUGGACAUGAUUGAACGAUGUAUCUGCUUGGUGUGUUUGGAUGCGCCAGGAGGCAUAGAACUCAAUGACACCAACAUGGCCCUUCAGCUCCUUCAUGGAGGGGGCCAUGGCAAAAAUGGGGCAAACCGCUGGUAUGACAAGUCCAUGCAGUUCGUGGUGGGUCGAGAUGGAGUCUGCGGCGCAGUAUGUGAACAUUCCCCAUUUGAUGGAAUCGUCCUGGUACAGUGCACCGAACAUCUGCUCAGGCACAUGAAGGAGAGCUCAAAGAAGCUAGUUAGAGCUGAUUCUGUCAGUGAGCUUCCUGCUCCCAGAAGACUGAGAUGGAAAUGUUCCCCAGAAAUUCAGGGACACCUGGCCUCCUCAGCAGACACACUUCAACGGAUAGUGAAGAAUCUUGACUUCACUGUUUAUAAGUUUGAAUACUUUGGGAAAGAGUUCAUUAAGAAACAAAGGACCAGCCCAGAUGCUUAUAUUCAGGUGGCACUCCAGUUGACCUUUUAUAGAUGCCACCAGAGACUUGUCCCUACAUACGAAAGUGCUUCCAUUCGCCGAUUUGAAGAGGGACGAGUUGACAACAUUAGGUCAGCAACGCCUGAAGCACUGGCUUUUGUGAAAGCAAUGAUUGAUGAAAAAUCAUCUGUACCGGACUCAGAGAAGAUGUUUCUUUUAAAAGAAGCCAUCAGGGCUCAGACAGAAUACACUGUUUUGGCCAUCACUGGUAUGGCAAUCGACAAUCAUCUACUGGGGCUGAGGGAAAUAGCCCGAGGACUCUGCAAAGAGCUGCCAGAGAUGUUCACAGAUGAAACCUACUUGACAAGCAAUAGAUUUGUCCUCUCAACCAGCCAGGUGCCAACAACAAUGGAGAUGUUUUGCUGCUAUGGUCCUGUAGUCCCGAAUGGUUAUGGCACAUGCUAUAAUCCUCAAGCCGAGCACAUAUUGUUCUGCAUUUCCAGCUUCCAUGACUGCAAAGAGACCUCUUCUGUCAAGUUUGCUAAAGCCAUAGAAGAAAGCCUCAUUGAAAUGAGAGAUCUAUGCAGCAAACACAAUACUGUGACAGCAAAGCCAUCAACCAACCAGGAAAAAACCCCCAAACCCCAAGAGGCAAAGAAGCUCUAAUUCUUUUCUCUGCAUCACUAUGCAGGUUCUACUACUCCCUGUGUUCCAAACCCCUAAAUGUGUUGUCUACCCCAGCUUUCUGCAGCUUCCAAAUUCGUAGGACGCACUUCUAAAAUUAUGCUGAGGCUUCAUGAAAAGCUACAACAUUGUGAAGCAGAAGAUACCAUUAAUUACAUAUUAGAAGUACAAUUAUCCAUUCAAAGCUCAAACCAGUCUGUGCCCUGUGAAAUGCUUCAGUCUUUGCUCUGUCGUCAGCAAUCAAGGGUAACCUUGUCAAGUUCAAAGUGGUCCUACUGAGGACACACACUAGCUUUGUUUUUUAUUACUUAUUUCAGUACAGCACUCGCCCAACUAAUGUUUUACAUGGCAUAAAAUGUGCCAUUCUAUUCUAACUGGCAACCACAACUAAUUCCAUAGCUAAAUGAAUAUAAAUGACAUCUGACUCAUUAUUUUUUUUAAGGGUAGAGAUUCAAAUUCUAAAUGAUUGACUCACAUGGUUUAAGAGUGCCAUUGAGAGACAAGAGACACAUAGACAGAGAGAUAAAGAGACAGAGAGACAAAGCAACAGACAGACAAAGAGAGAGAGAACCAUUACUAAGUUAGUUACAUAAUGCAGUGAUUCACAAGAAAGUCCAGGUCUAUUAAGAAUAUGAUGCCUUGGAGCUGGAAAUCAAUCCUCCCUUUCUGGUUUUAAGAGUAGUUUGGGGUAGAAUACAGAAAAUCUUGAUCUGCUGUUCAUAAAAGAAAGGGAAGACUUCUCAUAAUGGCUCUCACUUCAUUGCCUUUUCACUCCCACCUGUGGAGAGAGAUAGAAACCUAGAAGACAUUAGAGUCAGAGAUGAGUGAAAUGCAGAGACAAAGAACAGAAUAUCAUUUUAAUGGGAUACUGUCCAUUUCCCAGGGAGUGGAGAGGUGGGGAUGGGCUUGGGGUAGGGUACUGACCAUUAGUGCUUCUUCAGAGCACUCCUCUCCCCCUCUAUAUUUGACCCAAAUACAUUCUAAAAUGAACAAAUAUAUAUCAACAGAAAACCUUAUGGCUAGCCUUUUUUUAGUGAGGGGUUUGUUUGCUUUGGGGUUUGGGUUUUGUUGGUCUCAAAUUCCAAAUCAAAGCAGAGUUUAGAGACAGGCCUUCACUUAUCACACAAAUGUUAUUGCUGCCAUUAUGUAAUAUACAUAAUGAAUCACUAGCUACAUUCUGGUUUGUUUGUUUUUUAAUCAAGACAAAUUGCAUCCAUCUUUGAAGAAUGGUUCUCUCUUCUUAUUCUUUCCCCACCUGAAGUUGUAGUUUUCUUUGUAUGUCCAGUACUUAGCAGAGUGCCUGGCAAAUAAUUAGGCUCUUAAUAAAUGCUUGUUGACUUAAAGGGAUCAAAUUGUUCGAGCUGUAUCAGUAUGGAUUAGGUAAUUCCUUCUAGUAUGAGUUACAAGUAACUGUUUUACCACAUUUCAAAGGCAUGGAUCUGUUUGAAGCAGCAGAGACUCAAGUUAUGUUCUAGGCUACCUUGAUAUUAAUGGAAAGUCAUAGCUAUUUCUCGUGGGGUCACUCUGUGAUUCUAUGGAACAUAUAAGAUGGUUAAUUAAAACAAGGCUGGUUGAACCAAACUCAUUUCUACCACUAUAUAUGAAUGAUAGAAUGUAAACAUAUAUUACCUGUGCAAAGCUGUUAACAAGAUACUUAAUAUAUUUUAUGUUUUGAAGUUAGAUGCACAUUUUUAUGCACUUGGAGAGUUUUAAGUACAGGUGUUUGACUGGCAGAAAAUAGUAGCUUUUCCCUUAGAGAAAGGGAACAGAAAGAGACCUGUCCAGUCCAAGAAAGAUCAGAAAUAUCAAAUAUUUAUGCAAAGGCAAAACUGAGCCAUAACCAUAGGAAUACUUUUAGGUGGGACCUCUUACAUGUGUAUCCAAAGAGUCAGUUAAACCUGGAGAUUCAUUCUGAAAUGAUGAAGCAAAUUAAAAAUGUAUAUGACUUUCCCAUAUUCCCUAUAAUUUGCCAAAAUAUAGAGUUGAUAUUUUAGUCCUAUUUUUAUAAAAUAGUAUAGAUUUAUGGCAAUGUAUAAAUUGUAUUUAUAGCAGCUGAAUUUUAAGUUAUAGUUUUGUGCUUCA